AGUUAAAGUAGUCCGAUUUUUAUUUAAGUGAAUUUAAAAUUGUUUAAAAUGUGAAAAAUUGUAUUCCCAAUAUUAUAAGAUAAUAUGUGGAAAAACCACGAAGAUUUUCCGAUCGUUCCUAUGGCAGCCAUAAGAUGUAGCUAAGGUUGUGAGGAGUUGAAUAACUCCUCACAAAUCCCAGCAGCAGAUGGCCGGCCGCUCACCAGGUACGCGGCGAAGAGCGAGGACGUAGAACGAGAGAGUUUGGAGAUCGAGGACGGAGAACGAGAGAGUUUGGAGAUCGAGGACGGAGAACGAGAGAGUUUGGAGAUCGAGGACGGAGAACGGGAGAGUUUAGAGAGGAAGAGAGUUUGGAGACAAGAGUUUGGAGACCGAGAGUUUGGAGCAGCGGUGCGGCACACAAACAUGUCGCAUGCGUCUCCGGGAUCAGCGGGACGGCGGCAUCAGGCUGGACGGAGGCGGGAGGCAGUGCGUCAAGGACAAGAGGGUCAAACAGAAACCAUGGACUUUGGACCCGAUGUGGAGAGUUUUGGCGGGCCGUGUGCAAAAGGGAAAUAACGGUUCCCAGAGGCCCUAUAUAAAUCCGCAGGGCGCUGGCAGCGAGAGCAGUCAGUCAAGAUCAGUCAUUGAGAAGAGUCAGUCAAGAUCAGUCAUUCAGCAUCAGUCAUCCAGUGGAGAGCAUACAGUCAAGAGCGAGCAGUCAGUCGAGAGCAAGGAGUCGUCGGAAGCAGCGCCGUGGGAGCCUACGAGGAGCAAGAUCGUCACGUCGAGACGUUCGGGAUUGGGAUUACUAGGAAUCUCCGAACUGAGACACAGGUGGCUGAGGUCUAAGGAGGCGCCACACGGCCAAGUUCUGUUCUGUCCUGCCGACGAAGUCCUGGCGGUACACCUGGAGGGUCUACUAGACUGAGAUUUGAAAUCGAGAGUAGCAAGCCAGAAGGGAGAGAAGUCCCGGAGCGGCGUAACAGAACCCCUAGAGUAGCGAGCCAGAAGGGAGAGAAGUCCCGGAGCGGCGCAACGGAACCCCUAGAGUAGCGGGCCAGAAGGGAGAGAGGUCCCGGAACGGCGCAACAGAACCCCUAGAGUAGCGAGCCAGAAGGGAGAGAAGUACCGGAUCGGCGUAUACCCUCGAACCCAGCACAGAAGUCAAGACCUACAGCCACCUGUCAGGAGUAGUUCGCAGGACACCACACCGCAACGGCCACGCAAGGAGGAUCGAGCCCGCAGGAACGGCACGGACAGUACGCGGAAGGGUGAG